AUGUUAACGGAUGAAGAAAGAAAUGCUUUUUUUAAUGCAAUUAGAGAUAUGAAAAUAAGAGGAGAUUAUGAUUAUAUAGCUUUAAUACAUAGAUUAGCCUUUGUAAACGGAGGAGCUCACAAUGGACCUGCUUUUUUCCUUUGGCAUAGGGAAUAUCUUAAAAGGUGA